CCUGCAGCCAAUUGUAUAAACAGUGGUUUAAAUUUACUGUGGUAAUUUGAUUACCGCAGUAAUUUGCAUGGUUAGGUUACCGCCGUUUAUUUUCAUUUGUAUAAACGAUGGUUACUGCGCGGUUACCUAACCAUUGAAAUUUGUCAACUUACCGCAGUAAAAUUACCAACAAUGCAAUACCGGUACUUAACAUGACGUCAUUUUCGCGCAAAUUGUCAAUUUGACAGCCGACGUUUUUGCAAAAUGGAAAAUGUCAACAAAAGAGCGAAAGCUUUUAACGAGUGCGAAAUCGAAGUAAUGACAGAUUUCAUGAAAUUGAAUAUUCACAAACUUAGAAUGAAUCAUGGCUCGGGCGGUCCGGGCAUGGUUGCUCGAGUCCGUGAGAUUUGGGACGAACUUUUAGCUGGUGUAAACGCAUGCGGAAACGGACCGAGGACACUACAACAAAUCAAGGAAAAGUGGAGGAACAUGACCAAAAACGCUAAAGCCGACGUUUCAAAGGAGCGAAACCAUGCUGCCGCUACGGGGGGAGGUCCGCCAUUGACUGAAAUGUCGCAGACCUCGCAGGCGGUGGCGAGUCUGUUUGCCCACUCGGCAUCGUUUCAUGGCGUCGUGGACGACGCAGAUACCGUCAUCGCGGUUACUCCUCCAUCGCCGGGGUUCCUGGGCCUGCCCAUAAUGGAGUUAUUAACCGCCAUGGACAUCCCGGAUCCCUUCGGUGUGGCGGAAACCUUUCAAGACAAUACGCCGAGAUGCCCGAGAAGCAAGGAAAACUCAAGCGCAACAUCUGUUCCAUCAGCCUCAACCUCAACCCCACUGCCCAGUGACAGUAGCAGAAAGAGGACUCUCAAAGAUGCCCAGUUAGAGGCCCUGGAAAGCCAGGCAGAGAUGAGUCGGGAGGGGGCAGCAUGUUACCGAAAAGUUGCACGACUUGCAGAGCUAUUGAUAGAACGCCUUGAAAAACAAUGAAAACAUUUAUUAUUUUUGUUAAUGUUAUUUUACUGUUAAAUCUUUUUGUUUGAUAGUUUGAUUUGUUAAUAACAACAACAGUUAAUACAAUUAUAAUUUAUUUUACUGCAUAUGUUCAUGCAUUUUCACCAUUUUAAUUGCAAUAAAUAUUUCAUUUUCCUA